AUGGCUUUCUACUGGUUAUUAUGUCUCUUCAUUUGUUUUUUCUCUUAUCAUAUCUCUCCAUCAGUUCAGAGAGAACUAGAAUAUGAGUGUGUUGACAUCUAUAAGCAACCUGCAUUUCAACAUCCAUCGAUGAAGGAUCACCAAAUCCAGACGAGACCAAGUGCCGAGUUCCAAGCCAUGCUAUCGAUGGAGCCGGAACCAGAAGCAGCAGAUCUGGUCGCUGGUACAUCUGAAGAACGUUGUCCUAAAGGACAAGUACCGAUUCACAGACCGCAAAUUAACUAUACUAAUAAUUUUAUCCAUCCGGAGAGAAUGAUUUCAGAAGCCAACCUACAAUAUGCAAUUAUUAAACCAUUUGACAAUUACACAAGGACAUAUGGUGGAGCAUCAGCACUUUUCAAUAUUUACAAACCAAGAGUAUUGAAAGAUCAGUUUAGCAAAGCUUGGGUUUGGCUAAAUCACAGAGAAAAUGAUACGAUAAGCAGCAUCCAAUUCGGUUGGGCUGUGCAUACAGGAUUGUACCCAGAUGAUCGUCCAAGGCUAACAACAUUCUGGAUAUCAGGUAGACACCAAAACGGAUGCUACAAUGCGAUGUGUCGAGGGGGAUAUGUCCAAGUCCAUAAAACAAUCUACCCUGGAAUGGUUUAUGAUAAAUUUAGUGUCCUAGGCAAAAAACAGUACGAUACUCAUCUUCUCGUCGGUCAGGAUACCAAAACAAAAAACUGGUUGUUGAUGACGAAACGGACCUUGAUAGGCUAUUGGCAAUCUCACAUUUAUUCGAUGGAAGGAGUAUCAAAAAUUUACUUCGGUGGAUAUGCAGGAGGGCCUUAUGGAGCUACCAGCCCUCCAAUGGGGGCAGGGACGUUUCCGAAACAAGUAUGGCGUAUAAAAAAUUUAUCAUGUUUCAUGAAACAACUUAAGAUUUUCUAUGAUGAUGGACUGUAUGAUAUUGACUCGAAUGGGUUUGAGGAAUAUGUGAAUAGUCCAGAGUGUUACGGUGUAUGGUAUCGUCAGUUUGAACUAGGCAGUGGAGAGAUGCUCACGUUCGGUGGACCUGGUGGGCAGUGUGGUAUGACCACCUAA